AGUGGGAGUGGAUGGAUGGAGCCGAGCGGAGCGCACGCACACACACUGCCACACACGCGCGCGCACUUACACAUACACACACAUACCCGAACACACACGCGCACCCGCACACCCUGCACCGCACGAGCCCUUUACCGGCUGGAGCGCGCGAGCAGGAGCGGAGCCUAAGGAGCGCGAGCCCCAGCGCCGGAGACGGAGGAGUUUUACCGGCGCGCGCGCGAGGAGCAGGACAGGGGGCGAGGAUGAUGAUGCAGCGCGCGGGACAGAGCGCGGACACGCGGGGACAACACCAGUUGCCGGAGUGUGCGGGCUGCAGUCAGACGAUUCUGGAUAAGUUUAUUCUGAAGGUUCUGGACCGGCACUGGCACGCUCAGUGUCUGAAAUGCUCAGACUGCCACACUCUGCUGGCUGACCGCUGCUUCUCCCGCGCUGGGAGUGUGUACUGCAAAGAAGACUUCUUCAAGAGGUUUGGGACGAAAUGUGCCUCCUGUCAACAGGGCAUCCCUCCGUCGCAGGUUGUUCGGAAGGCACAGGACUUCGUGUACCACCUGCACUGCUUCUCCUGCGUGAUGUGCAGCCGGCAGCUGGCCACUGGGGACGAGUUCUACCUGAUGGAAGACGGGCGACUGGUCUGCAAAUCUGACUACGAGACAGCCAAACAGAAUGACGACUCUGAGACCGGAGCCAAACGUCCCCGCACCACCAUCACCGCCAAACAGCUGGAGACCCUGAAGAGCGCCUACAAGAACUCGCCCAAACCCGCCCGGCACGUCCGCGAGCAGCUCUCCUCUGAGACCGGGCUGGACAUGCGCGUCGUUCAGGUCUGGUUCCAGAACAGAAGAGCGAAGGAGAAGAGGUUGAAGAAGGACGCCGGGCGGCACCGCUGGGGUCAGUUCUAUAAGAGCGUGAAACGGAGUCGAGGCAGCAAAGCAGAGAAAGAGAGCUCAGCCGAGGACGGCGGCCUGAGUGACAGCGAGCUCAGCUUCAGAGCAGAUGAUCAGAUCCUGUCUGACCUGGGUCACGCUAACAGUCUGUACGGCAGCGUGGGGGACGUGUCCGGUGGCGGUGUUAUGAACGGUGCGUUCUCUCUGGAUGGCGGUGGACCUCCGUACCACGAGCUGAGGGCUGGAAGCCCCUACGGUCUGCCCCAGUCUCCGUCAUCGGUCAGCUCCCUGCCCGGCCACACGCCUCUGCUCAGCAGCCUGGGGUUCAGUAUGGAGGGUCUGACGGGUGCCCAGCCUGUUGGGGGUCAGGCGCUUAGGGCUGGGGGUCCAACCUCCGACCUGUCCACGGGGAGCAGCACAGGGUACCCAGACUUCCCUACCAGCCCAGCGUCGUGGCUGGACGAGAUGGACCACUCCCAGUUCUGAUGUUGAGGAUGGCGGAGACUUGAAGUGUGUUCUCGGAGACAUCUGGGGAGGGGAAGGGACCACUGGGUAAAUGCGAUGGUUGUUCAGAAAGUGACAAAAUUUGACCUUCUCCUCUCUAAUGAACUGACCAUUUCAGUUGGUGACUCCAGCGUCCAGUGUUCUUAAAAAAAUUACUGAGCGAAGUUCCUCCUGCACUGAAUGGCACACGGACAGUGCUCUGUGUUCUGUACCAUAAUGUUUUUUUUUUUUUUUUUAUUAGUAUUGAUACUAGCCGGCAGUGAAACUGACCACUGACCCUGUUAUUAAGGACUACAAAGCAGAAAUAAAAAAGGGGCGGAUCAUGCAUGUUUCAGAAUGAGGAACGAACACCACGGCCAUCAAAAAGCCUUCUGAUUGGCCACGCACUUUAAAAACCCCGCCCCUACCGCACACGGCCGGCUGCAGACAAGCGAGCGAGGAGAGAAAUGCACAAUCCCAACUGCAGCACCUGCAGAGGACUCACCUGUCCUGUUACCUGUUACCUGUUACCUGUUACCUGUUGAUGGAGGUUUUGUUCUAUAUGUUACUGAGUAUCUUUUUUAUUCGCCAGCUAUAAAACGUAAAAGAAAUUUCUCAACGUCAAAUCGAGUAAGAUAAAAAAAUAUAUAUUAAUAUCCACAAAAUAAAUCUACAAGUAAUAUAAAACAAUAGGUUCUUCAAUUAGGGGUUCUUCACAUUUGAUCAUCGCUUUAUCAUCAUUUGUUCAAAUACACUUUAGCCAUGACAUUAAAACCACCAGCAUAGUACAGCCUGUGUAGACCUCAUGCCACCAAAACAGCUUUGUCACACCUGCCAAGACCCUGUGCUGUCACUGUGGUACAAAGAAUAAUGUUACACAAGAUUCAGAUCCUUUAAAGGACCAACAAGGAUUAUAUUUUCAGUAUAACAAAAUGAUAAAAUCCUCAUGUAUUAAGGAAGCGUGCAAAGUUCUAGCACUGUCACCUCUUGUUACCUAACCCUAGCCAGUAUUUUAUUACUAGAACUGCGUAGUACGUCACAGAAGUCUGUGUGGGUGUGGUCUCUGACUUCACUAAUUCCAGAAAUUAUUGAACUCUUCUUGCACUCAUUUGUGUAGGUUUAGUGUCCUCAGCCUGGCAAACAGAGUGAGCUUUGCAUCCGGGGAGGGGAGGGCGAGGCAAACAACUCUCUCUCUGGUGUUUUGAAAUUGAACUGCUAUAGCCAUUUCACAUGCUCACUCUCAUUUCCUUCUGAUUACUCCUUUAAAUCAUGUUUUAAGUUGUGAGAUGGGAGGAGCAUUUUGCUAGGUAGCGUACUGAACACUGCAAACCAGAAACGCACCAAGACCUGCCUGAUGUUCUGCCUGAUAUGCUUACAUUUAGUUGACCUAGCAUUGAGUUUACUAACUCAAUAUCAGGCAUGUGUCAGCUCAAGUUUUUUUUUUUUUUUUUUUUACCUCUGAUUAUUGUUGAUUUGUGCAAGAGUGUGUCAGUGUUGCCAGUUAGCAUGCUGGCUAAGAUAGGAAGGUACCUAUUAAACUACAAGGAAAAAUUAGUUAAAGGCCUCUAGGAACAAAAUGCUGAUAAGAACAAAAGUUUGUAAAGUAGAACGUCAGGACCUUAGAACACAAAGUCUGCAAUUGGCUGCUGAUUGGCCCUUCAAAAUGCUUAAUAUGCUAGAUGUGGUGGCAAAUUACUUAGCUAUGGUUAAUAGCUUGCAAACCUUACUGAAGCUCAGUGAUUACCUGUUCAAUAGAAAAACAGCCAGCUCACCCAUUUUCCAUGGCUGUGGCACACUGUUUGUCAGUCCUGCGGUGGUAUUCACCUGGUUUUAAUGUUAUGGCUGAUCGGAGUAAAACAAAAAAGUGAAAUAAAAAAAAAAACGGUGCCACUUUAAAAUAAGACUACCUUUAUAAAGGGUUUAUAAAUGCUUUACAAUUAGUUUAUUAAUGGUUACUAAUUAGGUUGUAAAUGCCUUAAAAAUCAUUAAUUAUCAGUCAUAAUCAUUAAUUAUCACUCAUACAUAGAAAGGACAACAAUAUAGAUGGCUAUGGGUUCACUUUGGCAAACAUCAGGUCAUAAUUACCCUUUUUAUGUAUGUGUUAUAACUAAUUAUUAAUGAUUUGUAAGGCAUUUACAAUCUAAUUAUUAACCAUUAAUACACUAAUUGUAAUUAACCGUUUAUAUACCCUUUAUAAAGGUAGUCUUAUUUUAAAGUGGUACCAAAAAAAAACAAUUAAACAUGCUCCCAGAUCAGGUGCUUUCCUGUUGCUUAUGGUAUCCAGGGUUAAACACAAGUUUAAAAAAUUAUUUUUAGUUGUUUAAAAUUAAGCAGAAGAUCUCAGAUGUUCCUAAAGAUGUUCUCCAGUUUCCCCAGUUAAAGAUUAAUUUUUUUUUUGUGCUUCAGAGUCGUGGUGUUAAAGUUGUGUGGGGCGGAGAUAAGUGUGUGAUAGAUGUUUCUUUGGUAAGGGAUGUGUGUCUCAGAGGCAGCAGUGUUCAGCAGGGUGUUUGAAUGGCCAGAACACUGUGGAUCAUAGCUACUGUUUUUUUUUUACUAUUGUAAAUCAAACUGAAUUCUUAUCAACUCAUACACAUAAAAAUAUAUAUAUAUUUCUGCACUCAAAGGAAAACAGGUUCUAAAAUUAAAUUGUUAGUUUCAUCAUUGUUAUUUGGGAUGCCUCCAUCUAAUUUAAUAAGGCAUAUUAUGCUGAAUCUAGUUCCGAUCCUUUGUUUUUACUGCUGUGCUGCUGUGUUUAAGCACAGCACCCUCUAGUGUCCACUAAACCUCACUAACAGACUUAUUAUUUUCAGCUCAUAGCAUUAUUUUCUGGAUUUUAAAAAUGUGGCUGUUUAGAAACAAAACUACAGAAGAAGGCUCUAUAAAUUUAUUAUAAAACAGCAGCAAUUCUCAGUAUUGAGAGUACUGAAUCAAAAUGAAUUCUGGACAAUACUUAAGUACUUAGGUUAGACUGGUAUCGGUUGAUUCUUGAAUUUUAUUUAUAGGUGUGUAGGAGUUUGGUUUUGGUGCCAUUUGGGUCAGUAUUAAUCAGCAGGUUCAGAUGCAGUAAUUUUACAGCAGCUCCUUCAUGGACAGCUUGUUCAGACAGAGAGAAGUUGAGAGCUGUGGUGUUAUAGAAGCUAAUUUUUUGUAUUGUACUGAGUGUGAAUCCAUUCCUCUCAGUAUCUCCUGAAGGGAUGUUGUGGAAAGCUGUACUGAAGCACCUAAAAUAAGCCACCCGAGCCGAUCCGACCAACACACAACACACAGACCAGAUCCGGUUUCCUGCGUCGCCUCUGAACUUUUCAGUGUUAAUUGUUGUAAAUUUUUGUACAGUUUCAGAAAGUGUGUGGACAGUCUUGUUUUAUGAGCACUAUAUUUAUUGCCAUGUGUUUGAAAAGAGCACUGAGUCUAUUCCUUUAUGCCUUCUGUGCAAUGGUAUGAACUGUGUACAGCCAGAUCUAUACGGAGAAAAUAAAGCAAAAUCAUUUUUGAGUUACAGAA